AUGUCGGUCGCCGCUCCGUCAAAAUCGCAGAUCCUGAAUCUGUACCGCAGAUACUUGAGGACAUCGCAGUCUUUCUCCUCGUACAAUUUCCGCACAUACUUCUUGAGGCGUUCGCGCGACAUGUUCCGUGCGACGCUCCUGCCCACCGAACAAGCAGCUCAGUCGUCACCCUUCUCUAAGCAAGGGUCUACCACGGUCAAGGUCUCUCCGUCUACACUUCUCUCUCCAGAACCUCUCGGUAAGCCCGACGGUGCGGAUGAAUCCAUUUCGGCAGCCUCGCUCACAGAUCAAGAAAGGCUCUCUAAGUUCUACCAGACCGCUCUCGAGGAUCUCAAGGUGCUCCAGAGGUCAGCACUCAUGAAUCGCCUGUACGAGGGCGAGAAGCUCGUUGUAGAGAAACCGAGACUCAUUGUUGGCGGCGGAGGAGCAGGUCAGGAAGCCUCGGUUGGUGGUGGAGGUCAGCCAACAUCCGGUCCACAGAGCUCGGGUGGUGCGCCUCCCAGCUCGUGA